AUGACAAAUUCCAAACUGUUUGGUCAUGCCUGUCGCUCCCUAUUUCUUUUGGAAGACGGUUAUGUUCCUUUAAAUCACGGUAGUUUUGGUGUAUGUCCUCGUUCUAUUCGUCCACGAUGGAUUCAAUAUCAAGACCAGAUCGAACGUCACCCCGAUCGCCUUUUAAGACGCGAAAUUUUUCAGCACUUGAAAAAGAAUCGAGCCCGCAUUGCCAGUUUGAUCAAUGCCAAUGUGGACGAGUUGGCAUUCGUGGCGAAUGCCAGUUACGGCAUUAAUUCGGUUGUUCGAUCGAGUUUUAUGAAUAACCAUGGUGACAAGGUGAUUUUCUUUACAACGGCUUACAAUGCUGUGGAACGCACCAUGCAAUUUUUGGAGGAUGCACACAAACUUGAAUUGGUGCCUGUCAAGCUCAAUUAUCCUCUGCUUGAUCAGGAAAUUCUUGAUAUCGCAAAAGAAACCAUCGAGCGUGAGUUGGCACAGGAUCCCAAUGUUCCUAUUCGUCUUGCAGUCUUUGAUGCAAUCAGUUCGGUUCCAGGUGUGCGAUUUCCGUUUGAAGCCAUGAUCAAACUUGUCAGAGAAUAUGACAUUCUUUCUCUUGUGGACGGUGCUCAUGCUAUUGGCCAAAUACCGUUGGAUCUGCAUGCAGCUGACCCUGACUUCUUUGUCUCGAAUUGUCACAAGUGGCUCUUUUGCCCAAGAGGUGCAGCAUUUCUUUAUGUACCCAAGCGUAACCAAGCACUAGUACACCCCAGUGUCAUCAAUUAUGCGUAUAAAGACGAAAGCGAUUCUGGAGUCAGCACAACUUUUGAACUGGAAUUCGAAUGGCCUGGCACUGUCGAUUUCAGCACUUAUCUGUGUGUCGGUGACGCGCUCGAUUUUCGAAAUUCACUCGGUGGUGAAGAAGCGAUCCAGAGCUAUUGUAACGAUUUGGCACGUCAAGGAGGUCAACUAUUGGCGGAAGCCUUAGGCACUGAAGUUCUCGAAAAUGUAGAUAAUUCCCUGACCGUUGCCAUGACCAAUGUCCGUAUACCAUUCGAGAACAAGCGCAACAGACCCAACAGCCAAGUCGUUCGACUUAUCAUUGACAAAUGUAUCUAUGAACAAAAUACCGCCUGCCAGCCAUUUUUCCACAACGGUCAAUGGUACAUUCGCUUGAGCGCCCAGAUCUACAACGAACUUGACGAUUUCCGUCACUUUGCACAAGCGAUCCAGCAGAUUUUGAAAGAAUUAGACGAAGAAUAG